AUGGACGGUGGGCGAGAAUCAUUUGAGCGAGAGUCGCUGCUGCCAUCGCCAACGUCUACGAAGGGGGAGCAGACCAACAAGUAUCUCGCGCCACACUCUCCCUACACAAGGCCACGCUUUAACUUCAACCACCUCCUCACUGCGUUCGUUGCAGGGACGCUUGCUUGCUUCAUCACACAAUACGCGAUCUGUGGCUCCACCUGCUUCACCUAUAAAGCAGAUAGUCAUAAUCCGAAAUCCACCUCAACCAAUGUCGCUGCCUUGGCUAAUCCCAACGCCGGCUCGACGGAACGACACAACUUCCCUCCCCCAUCCCCAACCAACGCUUUUCCAUCGUUAUUUCCUACGGAUGUCGGAUAUCCUGGAGGAACUCCUACUGGCGCGGAGGCAGCGGUCAUUGUCACUGCACCCGCUUAUCCCCUCCACACCGCUGCCGCCGUUCUCGUCACUCCAGAGUCGAGCAACAAGAGUUUCAACCUCCUCAGAAAGUGGGGGAACUUAUCGCCAUGGUACAGUGUCGAGCGGGGAGCGUUUGGACUGGAUUCUGGCCCCGAAAUCCCAGAAACGUGUCGAGUAACUGGCUUGCAUCUCCUUCACCGACAUGGAGCGAGGUAUCCUACUGCCUAUGCCACGUAUGGUGGCCCUGCAAAGCUGGCCAGCAGACUGAAUCACGUUGCUGCUAACUGGACAGCGAGCGGGGACCUCAAAUUUCUCAAUGACUGGACAUACAAGCUUGGCGAAGAGGUUCUAACGCCGUUUGGACGUCAGCAACUUUUCGACCUUGGCAUAUCUACUCGGCUGAAGUAUGGAUUCCUUCUCAAGAACUUCACCGAGUCAAACACCAUUCCCGUCUUCCGGACCGAGUCCCAAGACCGAAUGCUUGCAUCUGCGUUGAAUUUUGCCAUUGGCUUCUUUGGGUAUCCAUUCGAGGGGCAAUAUCAACAAAGCAUUACCAUCGAGGCAAAUGGUGUCAACAACACCCUUGCACCAUAUAAAACUUGCCCAAAUGCCUACGUCGCCUCAAUAUCCGAUCGUGGUCGUCCUUAUGUCGCGAAAUGGGCUUCAAUAUACCUCGAGAAGGCCCGGAAACGACUACAACCUCAACUUGAUGGUUUCAAGCUGUCAAUUGAGGAUGUAUACAUUAUGCAGCAACUUUGCGCAUAUGAAACCGUCGCGCUGGGUUACUCCAAGUUCUGCGAAUUGUUCACUGAGGAUGAAUGGGAAGGUUUUGAUUACUCCUUGGAUCUUUACUUUUGGUACACUUCUUCCUUUGGCUAUGCCCUCGGUCGCUCUCUCGGCAUUGGCUAUGUACAAGAGCUUGUUGCGCGGCUUACUCAUACCCCCAUUCCGAUCCACAACUUCUCGACCAACGCCACUCUGAAUGAUAAUCCGAUAACUUUCCCGCUUGGUCAGAGCCUCUACGUGGAUGCAACACACGAGGUUGUUGUGCUACAAGUCUUGACGGCACUCAAUCUUUCGACGUUGGCAGCGCAGGGACCGCUUCCUGCUGACCACAUUCCCAAGAACCGCACUUUCAGGUCGUCUAAACUGGCACCAUUUGCGACCAAUGUUCACUUCCAACUUUUGGAGUGCACCUCCGUUCCCGGCCCACAAAUUCGCGUCGUUGUGAAUGAUGCACCGGUGCCACUGACUGGAAUUGAAGGUUGUCCGGCCCACAAAGACGGAAUGUGCUCGGUCGAAACGUUUGUCAAGGCUCAGAAGAAGAUUAUCGGGGAGGCGGAUUGGGCGUAUGACUGUCAUGGGAAUUGGACGAUACCUGAGGGGUGGGAGACAACUACGGGAGAGCCACCAAGGGCUAGAUGA